AUCUAAGCCUCCUUUAACCUAGAAUUCUCUUCCCAUCUCAAAGGUAGGUUUAUCGAACACUGCAGAGCUGCAAUGGGACGUGUGAUCCGUGCGCAGCGUAAGGGUGCGGGCUCAGUCUUCAAGUCCCACACCCACCACCGCAAGGGACCGGCUCGCUUCCGGAGCCUGGACUUCGGGGAGCGGAAUGGCUACCUCAAGGGUGUCGUUACCGACGUCAUCCACGACCCUGGCCGCGGUGCCCCACUUGCCAAGGUGACUUUCCGCCACCCAUUCAGAUACAAGAAGCAAAACGAGCUCUUCGUUGCCGCCGAAGGCCUUUAUACGGGUCAGUUCAUAUACUGUGGCAAGAAGGCCACUCUCGUAGUUGGUAAUGUUUUGCCCCUUCGCUCUAUCCCUGAAGGAGCUGUUAUAUGCAACGUUGAGCACCAUGUCGGUGACCGUGGUGUCUUUGCUAGGGCUUCCGGCGAUUAUGCCAUCGUUAUCAGUCACAACCCUGAUAAUGACACCUCUAGGUUCGUAUCCGCGUUUUUUGUUGUUAUGUUAGAAUUUUCAAUUUUGAAUUGCUCAUUAUAAUUUACAAUUUACUGG